AUGGAAUCUGAUAAAAAAGACACUCGUGUCGAAUGUACUAUUUGAAAAGGAAAGAAAAAGAGAGACCAUGGAGGUAUUAAGUGCAGCCAAGGCCAUGAUGUGUGUCCGGAGUGUUGAGCAUCUUUUAUAGAUAAUAUUUUAUCAAACCCUGAAGUUAACAUUCCAGCUAAAUGUAGUACCUGCAACCUUGAGAUUAAUACAGUCCAACUUGAAAUGCACAUGGCUCCUGGACAGCUCGAGCUCUACAAUAUUUAUAAGAUCAUGAAAGCACUCGAUCCUAAAACUGAUGUGCUUAUGGAGUGCCCGUUUUGCCCAUACCUUGAGAUCUGGGAUGUUCAGAAUUAUUCAAACUACUUUUACUGACUAGGAGAGAAAUGCAAGAAAGGGAGUUGCUCUGUUUGUAAAUAAAGAAUUUAAGGUUCCAGAAGAUUUCGAAGUAGAUGAAGAGGAAUAUGAAGAAAUGAAAGCUGAAGGAGGGAUGAUUGCUCAUCAGAAAUGACUUGAGUACAAAUUUAUGAAGGAAGAAUGGGAAAAAGCAAUGGAAAUGGCUACGAAAAGACACUGACCGGGGUGUAAGAUUGGGGGAAGGAAGGAUGAAGCUUGUACUCAUAUGAUAUGUGAUAGUUGAGGAACUAAUUGGUGAUAUGUCUGUGGUAAAAAGGAAGAUGAUUUGGAUAAACUUGAUCCUAAUGAAGGAAUACAUAGUCAUAAUGAAGACUGGGAUACAAAUCCUAAAAGAUGCCCAAUGUUUUUGAUGCAAAUAGGGGACCUAGAUCAAAGGUGGGAUCCUGAUGAUGACGAUGCUAAUGUAGAAUUUCUCCAUAAACUACUUACAUAUCAAGCGAUCAGGGACUUCUUCAAGAAAUAUACCACAGAAGAGUUUGAAAAGUUGUGCGAAGUAUUCUCCUCAGUCAAAAAUCAUGGAUAUAACCUCAAAGAAGCCAAGACAAUGGAUAUUACUUUGAUUAAAAGAAUGGGGUAA